AUGCGGCGUUGUUUUAGACGAUGUGCCGCAAGCUGCCAGAAUCCGCUUGGAUUGCCAGACGCCGUGUUUGCCAAAGAGAGUCCGUGCCCACAUAUUGAUGGCUUGUGCUACUUCUCCAGCGACUGGGCAGACAUGCAACUGCCCUCCAAGCAUAGGUUCCCUAUCGACAAGUACCAGAUGGUCAGGGGGCUGCUGGAGGCCGAGGACUUCCGCGUGCUCCCUGGGCCGUUGGCCACUUUCCACGAAGCGACCUUGGCCCACGAGCCCAGCUACGUGCGGAGGAUUUUGCGUGGGGACGCCACGGAGGAGAUGCGAAGGCGUGUUGGCUUCAGAGAAGCUCCGAUGGAGGGAUACGUUCUGCGCACACUGGCAAGCCUUGGAGCUACAGUGGCAGCUGCCCGACACACGCUCAGGACCGGGAUUUGGAGCGGAGCAACCUCUGGUGGUACCCACCACGCAUUCGCGGAUGCUGGGGAAGGCUUCUGCGUCUUCAAUGACAUUGCCGUCGCUGCUCGCUUGGCCCAGCAAGAGUUUGGUGUGACACGUGUGCUUGUGAUCGACCUGGAUGUGCAUCAGGGCAAUGGCACAGCCAAGAUCUUCGCUGGGGACUCGAGGGUGUACACCGUUUCUGUGCAUCAGAAGAAGGGAUAUCCCUUCUCCACGCGUUUCCCCUCGGACCUUGAAGUGGACCUGCCGGACGGCUGUGAUGACGAGCAGUUUUUGCAGGCUCUCCAACCCUUGGAAGCCUUGGUCAAAAGACAAGCACCUCAGUUGAUCAUCUACCAGGCCGGGGUGGAUGGCCUCGCCGGUGACCGCUUUGGGCGCUGGAACCUCACCCGCCCUGGGCUGCAGGCGCGGAAUGACUUGGUGUACUCUCUCGCGGCGGCGCAUGGGAUUCCCCUUAUCCUAACGAUGGGCGGCGGGUAUCACAAGGACAUCCUGCAAACCGUGGAAGCCAGCGCCGACGCCUAUCGACAAGAGUUUGGCGUUGGAGAAGAUGGCAAUGGACAGACCGUGUAUGUUUACGACGCCAGUCAGGAGAUCAACGAUCUCGGCGUGUUGGUCAUGAGGUGUCCCCUCACGGGCAAGAAUGUGAACCCCUUCACCACCGAGGUUUGGCGAUCCAUCCAUGCCGAGUUCGUUCGAGCAGCCUCUCUGCUACAAGCAGGCGGGAGAAGACGCGAUCGGAGAGAGAAAAGAGAGAUAGAGAGAGAGAGGGAGACAGGGAGGGAGGGAGGGAGGGAGGGAGGGAGGGAGGGAGGGAGGGAGGGAGGGAGGGAGGCAGGCAGGGAGAACAUAACUUCUGUUUUCAAAAUUGCAUAUUGUAACCCUGACCUUGCAGAGGGUUGUGGGAAUGAGUGGUUCUUUGCACUGAAUACCAGGAAACCUCCGGCAAGUGAAAAGUUACAUAGUCAGUGGAAGGCCGUGCUUCCCUCUACCACAGAAUUGGUCUCCCCUGAAGCUUGUUGCAGAAGCCUGUGGGAAGCAAUAGUUGCGUAG